AUGUAUUCAUCCAUUAGAGAAUCCCCACAAAGACAUGACACAAGGUCUUUUGUCUAAGAAAUUGAGUUCUUAAAGGCCAAGUGUGUAGAAUUAGAAACAGAGAACAGACUGUUGUUUGAAGAAUAAUAGUAAUUGUAGAGAAGAGCCCAUGACAUCGUAACGAAUGAUGCCAACGUGGAAUCCUAUAUUAAAGAAAACAAUAUGUUGUAGACUGAAAAUGAGAAACUCAUCAAGUUAUCAAGGUAGAGAAAAACCGAUGCUGACUUAUGGAAAUCCAAAUACGAAAAUCAAUUGCAAUAGAUAUUGUAGAUGAAGUCCAAUUAUGAGUUCGAAAUCAAGCAACUCAAUGCUGAAUUACAAAAAUUAGGGGCUGUCCUAUCUCAGGCAGAAGCAGAAAGACAACGACAAUUAGUUGGAAUAUCUGGAUAGAUCGAGAGUUAAUCCAAUCAAGAUUUCGAGAAUCUCAAGAAGGCUGCUAAUUUGCAAACAGAAAUAAGUGAGAGUCAGAUUAGAAAACUAAGAGAUCACAUUGAAGAAUAAAACAAUGAAAUCAGUGAUCUUCAAUAAAAGAUAUUGAGAUAAAAAACUGAAGACGAUAUUUAAAUUGAAAGAUUGUUGAAAGAAAAUGAACUACUUAGAGUAAAGAUUCACUAACAAGAAUCAGAAAAGCAGAGAGAGUUAGAACAUUUGAAUGAUAAUCUAAACAACUUCUCAUAACAAUAGAUUUAAUUAUUGAAACAUGAAUUCGCUAGAUAAUCAGACGUUUAGCAAUGCGAAAUUGAUAAACUUAAGGGAUUGCUUGAGAUUAAGAAUGCUGAAAUUGAAACAUUACUUGGAUAAAAUGCUAAAAAUAAGUAAAUGUUUGAAGAUUAAAUUAAUGAUUUGAGAACUGAGAUCUAAAUCUUAAAGUAGAAACUAUUGGAUUAAGAAAGAUAAGCCAGGUUGAUUCUUGAGACUUCUCUCAAAGAUCAAUAGAACCAGCAUUAAAGAGAUUAGGAUACAUUGAAAACUUACUAUUAAACAUAAAUCAAUAAUUUGGAAAAAGAGAUUAAUGAUUUGAAGGGAAUCAUUGAACACAAAAAUCAAUAGAUAUAAAUCUAAAUUGAUGAGAAGAAUAUUCAAAGACAACAACUUGAAUAACUAAUUAUUGAUCUAAGAAGAGAGAUUGAAAAUCAAAAAUUGAUUACUUUUGAAUAGGAAAAGUAAAAGAACAAUGAAAUCAAUGAAUUAGAUGAUCAAUUCUAAAAAUCAACAGCUCUUCUGAAUGAGAAUAUUGAUUAAUAGAAAUUGUAAAUACUAUUUUUGGAAGGUGAAAUUGAAAGACUUAAAGAAAUGUUAUCACAAAAAACAAAAGAUUAAGAAUCUUUAAUUGCUUAAUUUAAUUUGCAUAAGAGAUAAUUAGAGGAUGACAUCAGAAGAUUGAAAGAUGAGAUUCAUUCUUUGAAAUAAGAAAUACUGUCAAUAACAAGUUCUAAGAAUUAGGAAAUCCAAGACCUUUAAUCAAAGAAUGAUAGAGUGACUAUUCAAUAUAGAGAAAAGCUCAGAUAAAGUGAUAUCUCCUCAGAACAAUAGCUACUAGAAAUUAAAAGAUUAAGAGAGGCUCUCUCAGUCAAAGAAUAGGAUAAUGAAAAUCUAGCAAAUCAAAGAAAUCUUUUAGACAAAGAUUUAAGGAGAGCAAGAGAUGAUAUCGAACAAUUUAAAUAGAGAUAGUUGGCUUUAGAAAAAGAGAAGUUUACACAAUUGGAAGAUCUGAAAAAUAAAUUGGAAGCCUCCAAUUCCUAUUAGAUUAGUAAUUUGAAAGCAGCUUACAAUACAUAAAUCAGUGUAUUGACUGAAGAGAAUGCUCAUCUGAAGUAGCAAAUCGACUAAAGAAGAAUGUAUGAUUCCACUGUUAGACUGUGACUUUAUUAUAUUUAUUAUGAGAUUUCUGAAAUUUUCAUUUA